AUGGUCCACUUCCAAUCCUCCCUAUAUAAAGCAUAAACCCUCCUCCUUAAAAACUCAACCUGAAAACAUAAGACAUCACUUUCUCUCUCUCACUCUCUAAAAAAACCAGUCUUGAAAGUGAAAGAAAAACCAAGAAGAUCGAUGAUGAACAUGCAAAUACUAAACCCUACUCAUAAUAAACCACAAGUAACCCGGAUCAUCAACGAUCAGCAGAUGGGUUCGGUACUCGAGAGGCUCCGACACCUGGCUGCCGGAAACGCCGUCGUGAUCUUCGUCAUCAGCGGCUGCUGUAUGUGCCACGUCGUCAAACAGCUCUUGUUAGGUCUGGGAGUGGGUCCCACAGUGGUCGAACUAGACCGCCACGGAGAAGCCGGCCUGGAGAUGCAUGCAGUUCUCCGACGACUCUCAGGCGAUGGACAGCAGACUGUUCCGGCGGUAUUCGUCGGAGGAAAGUUUCUCGGAGGAAUUGAAGCUGUUAUGACUUGUCACAUUAACGGAACCCUAGUUCCACUCCUUAAGGAAGCCGGUGGUUUAUGGCUCUGA